UUUCCGGGUGGCGCCUGCAAGUCGGUGGCUGUUGAAGCUCAGCCAUCGCCAUGGAGUUGUUGGGCGAGUAUGUCGGGCUGGAUGGGCAACAGCAGCGGCUGCGGGUGCCCUGUGAGGUGCCGGCCGACGCCGAUCCUUACGAGACCCUGUUGUCUGGCGUGGCCCAGAUGAGAGACCUGGUGACAGAACUCUUCGGCCCCCUGGUACAGCAGGAAGCGCAAGACCGGGUGGCGGCUCCAGAAGAGGCCUUGGACGGUGAUGAUGAAGAUGAUGCAGAAGAUGAAAAUAACACUGAUAACAGAACUAACUCAGAUGGACCAUCUGCAAAACGGCCCAAACCACCAUCUUAAGAAUAGCUUUUAUGAAAUUUAAAAGACUGCUACUAUAUCUGAAUUAUCACACGCUGACAUUUAGGAAAGACUGGUGCUCUAAUUUGGGAAAGCAUUUGUUUUUUUCCCCUAGGACAAUUUUGUCAAAGAAAAAAAUGUACCUUGUUUCCACCAAAGAAAGAUAUAGUAAAUGUUUAGAAAUGAAUCUGUUUUCUUGAGUGAGAAAUAAAUUUGAUACUGUGGAAAUAACUAGAACACUCAAUGCUAUAUAAAAUCCUCUAAGUUGGCAACUGAAUAUUUGUUCAGUUUUCUACUUUUUAAAUAACCAUUGAAUUAAGUUGUGUGAUGUCUACAUCUUGUGGCUUCUGCUUAUUAUAAAAAGUACACAUCAUAGUCCCGCACAAUAACAUUUCAAAGAAGAUGUAAGUGGAGAAAAUCGGAUAUUAGAUUUAAGAAUGGCAGAUCUGUGUAAGAAGAAGGAAAAUGGGAAUAGAAAUACUGAAGAGGGAGAUGAGCCAGGAGAGAGACCCAAGGAAACCUGGAGUCCAUACUUACACCCAGUAUAUAGACAUCCAGAGAUGAUAGCACUCAAUGAAUAUAUACAUUUAACUUGUAACUUAAGAGAACGAAGUUGGGCGUGCUUUUAUGCUGUAGCAUGUUAUGUAUAUAAACACAAAUGUAAGUCUUAAACAAUCUAUGUUGACUUUAACUUAAGGUAUUUCUCAUCCUGUAUCCAUGCUUUGAUUUUGCUUACCCCAAAGGCCUGUUGAAUCCUUGAAAAUACAUAUAUAUUCCUAAAA